GUUGGUUGGAAGAUAGUCGAUAUUUAAGAGUGGAUGAGCAGUUGGCAAUGUUUAUAUCUAUCGUUGGUCACAAUGAUAGGUAUAGAGACAUAGCAGAACACUUUCAGCGUUCUCUUAACACUAUAGGUGAACACUUUAAGAAAGUGUUACGUGCUUUCAUACUACUGGGACAAGAGAAUAUCAAACCUCCAAACUUCAGUCGUUGCCCUAAACAGAUUCUUGAAAAACCAAAGCUCUAUCCUUUCUUCAAGGACUGCAUUGGCGCGAUUGAUGGCACUCAUGUUAGUGCUUCUGUACCUCUAUCCAAACAAAUACCGUACAGAGGAAGGAAAGGAGAUACGACUUGGAAUGUUAUGUGUGCAUGUGACCUUGACAUGAAAUUCACUUUUGUGUACGCUGGUUGGGAGGGUUCGGCAAAUGAUUGUCGAGUAUUCAAUGAGGCAUUGAAUAACCCUAAAUUUGAAUUUCCUCAUCCUCCACCUGGUACGUUCUAAAUCUUAACCUCAACAGUUGAUUAUGCUCUAUUUUACAUAUUGUGUUGAUUCAUUACUUUUCACUUUACGUGCUAGGUAAAUAUUAUGUGGUUGAUUCUGGUUAUCCAUCUACUACUGGAUUCUUGACGCCGUUCAAA